UUCCGGGGUCAAAGGUAACAGCUUCCGGCAACUAACGCCUUCACCGGCCCCUCUACGCUCGGUUGGUUCCCUUUACACUCUGAGGCCAGUUAACAAAGAAAUGGAACCUUGUUCCUGUGACACUUUUGUGGCAUUACCUCCAGCAACAGUUGAAAAUAGGAUUAUUUUUGGAAAAAAUUCAGAUAGACUCUGUGAUGAAGUACAAGAGGUAGUUUUUUUCCCUGCUGCGGUUCAUGAUAACCUAAAAGAACAUCUUAAGUGUACUUACAUAGAAAUCGAUCAAGUUCCUAAAACAUAUGCUGUUGUCCUCAGUCGCCCAGCUUGGUUAUGGGGAGCAGAAAUGGGAGCCAAUGAGCAUGGAGUUUGCAUUGGGAAUGAAGCUGUGUGGGGAAAAGAAGAAGUUUGUGAUGAAGAGGCACUACUGGGCAUGGACCUUGUCAGGCUUGGCCUUGAAAGAGCUGAUACAGCUGAAAAAGCCCUCGAUGUCAUUGUUGAUUUAUUAGAUAAAUAUGGCCAGGGUGGAAAUUGUUCAGAGGGUGGGAUGGUAUUUAGCUAUCACAACAGUUUCCUGAUAGCUGAUAGAAAAGAAGCCUGGAUUUUGGAGACUGCAGGGAAGUACUGGGCCGCAGAAAAAGUACAAGGGGGAGUUCGUAAUAUUUCUAAUCAGCUUUCUAUAACAACCAAAAUUGAUCGAGAACACCCAGAGAUGAGAAACUAUGCUAAACAGAAAGGUUGGUGGGAUGGCAAAAAGGAGUUUGAUUUUGCGGCAACAUACUCUUAUAUUGACACAGCCAAGAUGAUGAUUUCACCAAGCAGAUAUUGUGAAGGCUACAAGCUUCUGGAUAAACACAAAGGAAACAUAACUUUUGAAACAAUGAUGGAAAUUCUCCGAGAUAAACCAAGUGGCAUUAAUAUGGAGGGAGAAUUCCUGACCACUGCCAGCAUGGUUUCGAUUUUACCUCAAGACUCCAACCUUCCUUGCAUUCACUUCUUUACAGGGACUCCUGAUCCUGAGAGAUCUGUUUUUAAGCCUUUCAUAUUUGUACCGAAUAUUUCGCAACUAUUGGACACUAGUUCCCCAAUAUUUGAACUUGAAGAUCCAGUUAAAAAGAAACCACAUUUUAAGAUUAAGCUUGACAGAAGGCAUCCACUCUACCGAGAACAUCAACAGGCAUUGGAAGUAAUAUAUAAUAAGGAGGAAAAAGCCAAAACAAUGUUGGACAACAUGAAGAAACUGGAGAAAGAACUAUUUAAAGAGAUGGAAUCAAUCCUUCAAAACAAACAUCUUGAUGUGGAUAAAAUUGUUAAUCUUUUUCCUCAGUGUACAAAAGAUGAAAUUAGGAUUUAUAUGUCAAAUAUUAGUUCUUAAUGACCAUAUAAAUGGUCAGCAAUCCUCCUCAAAGUAAGAAUCAACCAUCUUGGUAAAUGAUAUAAACCUAGUAUGAGCAGAUAUGAUUAUUCUUUAACAACAUUCAAGUGAUAGCUUGACUAUUAAAACUACAUAUAAUUACUAAAAUAUUGAGAAAGACAAUAACACUAGAAUUGGACACAUAUAUCAUGGGAUAGCCAGGUGUUACAUCAGGUACUCACCUGUGUUACUUUGUUUUUAGCUAUAAUAAUUAAAUAUUCAAUUCUGCAUAAAGCAUGAAACAUUAAAAUAAUGCACAGAUAUAUAUUUAUUAUAAUUAUGUAUUAUCCUCAAAUAAUUUUCUCAAUUAUAACAAGAAAGCAUAUUUUUCUUUAGUAAUGAAAACUACUAUCUCUUGUAAUGAGUUUUUUUUGUGCUUUAGGCAAAUAUUAACCAGCCCUAAUACAACUUUCUAGAUUUACACAUUUUAAGUCUUAAUACAGUGUAUUAAUUUUGCAGAUGUACUUUUAUUAAAGUCAAACAUACUCUUUGUCACUAUUUGGCUGACCAGUGAGUGUUUGCUCUAAUUAGCUAGCAUUUUUUUGGUCAUGCCCUUAAUAGGCUUUUAUGUUAAUAUUUUUAGAAGAGCUUGUCUAGGAGAUUAGAAAAUGGGAUAAGGGAACCAAGAUCUUAGGAGACACUGUUUCUGUGUCUCAGAUCUCUCUCAUCUUUUACUUCUCUUUACUCAGUGAAAACAGGAACAGGAAGGAGCUAGUGGCGAUGAAAUAGAAUUAUUAGUGUAUUAUGAACAUUAAGAAGAGUUUAACAUAUUAUUAUUAUGAAUAUUAUAAAUGAAUAAUAUCUGCCCCAAAUUUAAUGUAUUAUUAUGAAUAUUAUAAAUGAAUAAUAUGGCAAUGAAUAAUAUUAUAAAUGAAUAAUAAAUAGCAAUGAAUUAUUAGUGUAUUAUGAACAUUAAGAAGAGUUUAACAUAUUAUUAUUAUGAAUAUUAUAAAUGAAUAAUAUCUGCCCCAAAUUUAUAAAACUUUGUUAAAUUACAUUGAGAAUAUCAAGUAAGACUCAAAUUGCAAAUAUAAACAAGAAAAAUCUAACUCAAAAUACCUCUAUGUAUUUAUUGGCUUCUAGAAAUGUCCAUUUUAGAUAAAUAUCUAAUAAUUACAUUAUCAUAUUUAUUGACUGCUAUCAUUGCAACUAGGAUUAUUACUAAAGUAGUGGAUCAUUAUAUUUAAAGAAUAUCCAGGAAAUUACUUUUUAAAAGUUCUUUUAUAAAAACCAUAAUCUGCCUGAUAUUGCUCUUUUUUUUACAGAACUGCCAUUACAAAAGGGUAUCUGUCUCAAGUACUCAGUUAAUUCUGCGUUCGCCUUAUAUACAGUUCAGUGAUAGGUUCUCCCUGAAUCAUGAAGACCCUUGGCCAACCCCUAUACACCUCCUCUCACUUUUUUUUUAAUAUAUGAGGAACUAAGGGUAAGCAGUUCAUUGGUUUAUUUAGGAACACAUACUUUAAUCUGUUUCUUUCUCAAGGGCCAGCAUGUUUUCACUUUCCCUUUCGACACCACCUGAGACCAAACUAGCACUGUCUUUCUCCUGGACAACUGUAGUUAACUGUUCUACACUCAUUUUUGUUCUUUAUUCUAUCCACAUGAGUCAUUGCAGCAAGUGAUCUUUUAAAAAUUUAAAUUGGAUCAUGAAUUUACUUCCUAAAACUUAAAAAAAAAAAAUAGACCUUAUUUUUUAGAACAGUUUUAGGUUUAGAGCAAAACUAAGCAGAAAGUAGAGUUCCCAUAUCCCCCCAUCCCAUUCCCCGCUACACCCAUCAACAUCCCACACCAGAGGGGUACAUUUGUUACAAUUGCUGAACCUACAUUAACAUAUCAUCAUCACCCAAGGUCCAUAGUUUAUAUUAGGGUUCACUCAUUGUACAUUCUGUGGGUUUGGACAAGUGUAUAAUGCAUGUAUCCAUAAUUACAGUAUCAUACGGAGCAGUUUUACUGCUCUGCGCUUCACCUUUUCAUCUCUCCCACCCCUUACCUCAGCAACCACUUAUAUUUUUAUUGUCUCCAUAGUUUUGCCUUUUCUAGAAUAUCAUAUAGUUAGAAUUAUACAGUAUGUAACCUUUUCAGGCUCUUUAACUUACUUAGUAGUAUGCAUUUAAGGUUCCUCCAUGUCUUUUCGUGGCUUGAUAACAUUUCUUUUUAGUGCUGAAUAAUAUUCCAUUGUUUGGAUAGCUUGCCUGGUGAUAUCCACUAUGAAGGACAUCUUGGUUGCUUUCAUGUUUUGGCAAUUAUGUAUAAAGCUGCUAUAAAUAUCAGUCUGCAUGUUUUUGUAUAGACGUUAAGUUUUUAACUCACUUGGGUAGAUACCCAGGAACAUGAGUGCUGGACAGUGGUAAGAAUGUGUUUGGUUUUGCAUUCCCCUAGCAAUGAAUGAGAGUUCCUGCUGCUCCACAUGCCUGCCAGCAUUUGGUGUUGUCAGUGUUCUGGUUUUGGGCCAUUCUAUUAGGUGCGUAGUGGUAUCUCAUUGUUUUAAUUUUCAUUUCUCUGAUGACAUAGGAUGUGGAACAGCUUUUAAUAUGUUUAUUUACAAAUACAUUUGUAUAUCUUUUUUGGUAAGAUAGCUGUUCAGAUCAUUUGUUCAUUUUAAAAGUCUGGUCUUUCAUUUUCUUAUUGUUGAAUCUAAAACUCUUCUAAAGUGUCAUUGAGACAAGUCCAAAUCCUUAAUAACUAUCAACAAGAUCUUGCUGAUCUGCCCCCAUCUAUAUAUCUUAUUACACUUUUGCCAUUGUUUUUUUUUAAUUUCUACUAUGCUUUUUCAGUUCCUUGAAUGAGUCCAGUUCCUUCAUCAUGUCUGUACUCUCUGCUUGCACCAUUCAUUUGCUCCUCUUUAUAUAAAUAGUUCUUUUCCUCCAUUUUGAGUUUUGCUGAAACAUGAGUUCCUCAGGGGUUUUCCCCACACCACAAGGUCAAGUUUCUUGCUACAUGCUCAGAGCCACAUGUAAUGCUGAUCACAAAUGUAAUUAUAUGUUUAACGUGUCUUUCACAGUAGAAGCUCUAUGAGGAUAAGAACCAUAUUUGUUCCCACUCUUGUGUCCUCAGUGUUCAACACUGUGUCUGACACAAGCUGGACAUUCAAUAAAUAUUUUGUUAAAUGAACAUUCAAAUACUGAUGGAAAGAAUUUAUAGUCCUCUUCUCUACCUGUAAAGUUAAGAAAAUUUGGUAGACAUUUAUUUGCACAACUUGGUAGUGUUUGAUAAGUCUCAGGUCAAUCUGUUACCUUUUUUCCAUAUUCAAAAUGGGAAUAAUAACUAUCUCCCAGAUUAAGACAAGGAUUAUUAUAAGGACAUGUAAAUUAAUCUAUAAAAUAGUUUAGGAGACUUUCACUCUAUAAAUCCAGUAAUGGUAUUUGGGCUUUGCUGCUUAUGUGUAUAAUUUAUGCCUUGUGAUAUAUUGUGUUUCUUAAGAGUAAAAAAAUGUAGUAGCUGAAAUUAAGCUUUUCUUUGGUCAACCCUUAAAUGAUUUGGUUUAUUAUUUACCAUUCUGUAAUAAAUGAGGAAAUAAUCCAAUAAACUGAAAAUGUAAGAGAAA